GACGGUGGAGGCAGUGGGUCCCGGGACAGCGACGCAGCGCCGCGGCGGCUCCCACAGGCCGUCCAAGCUCCGCAGCCCGCCGCAGCCGCUGCCUCGCCGCUGAGGGCCCGAGAGCGCGGCGGCGGCGCGCGGCCUGUGAGGGCGGCCGGAGCGGCGGGCGCGGCGCCGAGCGUCCUGUCAGGCGGCGGAGGGCGUCGCGGAUCCGCGUCGCGAUGAUGCCGAUGAUAUUAACCGUGUUCUUGAGCAACAAUGAACAGAUUUUAACAGAAGUUCCUAUAACACCAGAAACAACAUGUCGAGAUGUUGUGGAAUUUUGCAAGGAACCCGGAGAGGGCGGUUGCCACUUGGCCGAAGUGUGGAGGGGAAAUGAGCGUCCCAUACCCUUCGACCAUAUGAUGUACGAACAUCUUCAGAAGUGGGGGCCGCGGAGGGAGGAGGUGAAAUUUUUUCUUCGACAUGAGGAUUCGCCAGCUGAGAGCAGUGAACAAGGUGGCCGUCAGACCCAAGAGCAAAGGACCCAGAGAAAUGUAAUAAAUGUACCUGGAGAAAAACGUACUGAAAAUGGGGGCGGACACCCGCGAGUCGAGCUUACCCUCUCGGAGCUCCAAGAUAUGGCGGCCAGGCAGCAGCAGCAGAUCGAAAGUCAACAGCAGGCGUUGGUCGCCAAGGAGCAGCGUCUGCACUUCCUGAAGCAGCAAGAGCGCCACCAGCAACAGUCUGUUUCCGAAAGUGAGAAGCUCCAGAAGUUGAAGGAGCGCGUGGAAGCCCAGGAAAAUAAGCUGAAGAAAAUCCGUGCCAUGAGAGGACAAGUGGACUACAGCAAGAUUAUGAACGGCAACUUGUCCGCUGAGAUAGAGAGGUUCAGCGCCAUGUUCCAGGAGAAGAAGCAGGAAGUGCAGACGGCCAUUCUGAGGGUGGACCAGCUCAGCCAGCAGCUGGAGGACCUGAAGAGGGGCAAGCUGAACGGCUGCCCACCCUGCAACGGCCGGCUGGCGGGGCCGGCGGCCGCGGAGCUGAAGAGGCUGUACCAGGAGCUGCAGAUUCGUAACCAGCUUAACCAGGAACAGAACUCAAAACUGCAGCAGCAGAAGGAACUUCUAAACAAGCGCAACAUGGAGGUGGCCAUGAUGGACAAGCGCAUCAGCGAGCUGCGCGAGCGCCUCUACGGGAAGAAGAUCCAGCUGAGCCGUGUGAACGGCGCGUCGUCGCCGCAGUCCCCGCUGAGCGCCCCUGGCAGGGUUGCUGCGGUGGGGCCUUAUAUCCAGGUCCCCAGUGCCAGCAGCUGCUCAGCCCCGGGAGACCCCGUAAAGCCCCCAUCUCUCACCGCUGUUCCAGGGGCCGCCCACGGACGGCCCAAACCCGCGAAUGAUGGAAACUGGCCAACACUGAAACAAAACGUUAGCCCCGCUGGGAAAGCGCCGCCGCCGGCCAAUGUGGACUGGAAGGACCCGAGCGUGGAGGGGCCUCUCAAGCAGGGGGCCGUCUCCAGCCAGCCUGUGCCCUUGUCAGCCCUGGCAGCCCCCGAGAAGCUGGGCCUUGAGGCGAGUAAAGUGCCGCCCCCCAUUCCUGGCGUCAACAGGCCGCUGCCUCCGAGCUAUGGGACGCACCCAAGUCCAGCGCCCACAGGUCCAGGGUCAACAAACUCUUUGGAGAGGAGGAAGGAGGGCAGCUUGCCCAGGCCCGGCGCAGGCCUGCCCAGCCGGCAAAAGCCCGGCCCACUGCCCACCGUGGGCAGCGUCCACCCACUGGGCUCCUCCCAGCAGAUCCAGCAGAGGAUUUCUGUGCCGCCCAGCCCCACGCACCCGCCACCGGGGCCCCCUGCGUUUCCGGCUGGAGACGGCAAACCUGAGCUCCCCCUGACCGUGGCCAUCAGGCCCUUCCUGGCUGAUAAAGGGUCAAGGCCACAGUCCCCUAGGAAAGGACCCCAGACCGUGAAUUCAAGUUCCAUAUACUCCGUGUACCUCCAGCAAGCCACACCACCUAAGAAUUACCAGCCAGCGGCGCACAGCGCCGUGAAUAAGUCAGUGAAAGCAGUGUACGGGAAGCCUGUCCUGCCGUCGGGUUCGGCGUCCCCGUCCCCCUUGCCGUUUCUCCACGGUUCUCCGGCCACAAGCGCGUCGCAGCCCCAGCCGCCCGCAGAAAGUGCUGAGAAGGAGCCUGAGCAGGAUGGCCCGGCCCCUCCUGGGGACAGCACGGCAGGCACCAUGGAGAGCCUGCCUCGGCCGCUCAGCCCCACCAAGCUCACGCCCAUCGUGCACUCCCCGCUGCGCUACCAGAGCGACGCUGACCUGGAGGCUCUGCGCAGGAAGCUGGCCAACGCGCCCCGGCCCCUGAAGAAGCGCAGCUCCAUCACGGAGCCCGAGGGCCCCGGCGGGCCCAACAUCCAGAAGCUUCUCUACCAGCGCUUCAACACCCUGGCUGGUGGCAUGGAGGGCGCCCCCUUCUACCAGCCCAGCCCCGCGCAGGCCUUGGCUGGCGCGCUGGCCGACGUGGACAAUGGGAACGCCGGCGCCAACGGGAAUCUUGGGGAGGCCAGCCCUGCCCAGCCCACGACCCCUCUCCCUGCCGAGUCGGCUCCCGCCUCGGACGCCAACGACAACCAGCUCCCGUCCCCUGAGCCAGAGGGGCUCACCUGUCCCCAGACCCCCCGCCAAACAGCCGAGCCUGCGGAAGACGACAACAACAACGUGGCGCCAGCCCCUUCCCCGGAGCAAGUCCCCAGCCCUGGGGCUGAGGCCCCAUCUCCAGGGGAAGAGCAAGUCCCCCCGUCGCUGCCCCCUGUCCUGCCCCGGCCGGCUGCCUCUACGAGCAAACGGACCAACCUGAAGAAGCCCAACUCGGAGCGCACGGGCCGUGGGCUGCGUGUCCGCUUCAGCCCGCUGGCGCUGCUCCUGGACGCUUCCCUGGAAGGCGAGUUCGACCUGGUGCAGAGGGUCAUCUACGAGGUGGAAGACCCCAGCAAGCCCAACGAUGAGGGCAUCACCCCCCUGCACAACGCCGUCUGCGCCGGCCACCACCACAUCGUGAGGUUCCUGCUGGACUUCGGCGUCAAUGUGAAUGCUGCGGACAGCGACGGCUGGACGCCGCUGCACUGCGCCGCCUCCUGCAACAGCGUCCACCUCUGCCGGCAGCUGGUGGAGAGCGGCGCCGCCGUCUUCGCCUCGACCAUCAGCGACAUCGAGACCGCUGCGGACAAGUGCGAGGAGAUGGAGGAGGGCUACAUCCAGUGCUCCCAGUUCCUGUAUGGGGUGCAGGAGAAGCUGGGCGUGAUGAACAAGGGGGUGGUGUACGCUCUGUGGGACUACGAGGCCCAGAACAGCGACGAGCUGUCCUUCCACGAGGGAGACGCCAUCACCGUCCUCCGGCGCAAGGAUGAAAACGAGACCGAGUGGUGGUGGGCUCGGCUUGGAGACCGGGAGGGCUACGUGCCCAAGAACCUGCUGGGGCUGUACCCUCGGAUCAAACCCCGACAGCGAACGCUCGCCUGAGCCUUCCGCUGCAGCGUCGCCGGGAGCCGCGGCCCAGGCCCUGCCGCGCCCGGGACUCGGGAGGUGGAGGCAGCUUCCGUGGUGCUCAUGGCAGCAGACGGCCCCGCAGCAUGACGCCCGGCCGGCUCUGGAUGAGGCCGGGUCUCCACUGUCGCCUCCGAGGACUGGAUUUUGCCAAUUACUGUAAAUCCGAAUAAAUGCCCAGCUUCCUAAACCGCCCCUGCUGCCAAUAGAAGCCCUAGACUUAACCCCCAGUUGGUCGCCAAGGAGGACAAACGCUCUGACUGACUCGGCCCCCAGGCCGCCCCUCGUUCCCCAUGUCGCUCACCCAGCCGUGAGACUGUGCAGCUGCGGUGGGGUCCCACCCCCGCGGGGGCCUUGCCGCCUGUGACUCGGACGGCGCAGAAACCCACCGCCUGGCCCCUCCGCACUCACGCUGCUCCCUUCCGUUACCGGAGGCGGCCUGUGGGGGCUCCCCUCGCUGUUCAGCCGGCGGCGCUGGGCUGGACUCCCAAGUCCCUGAAGACCCAGUGACCUGUGGUCAGGAGGCUCAGCACAGCACUGUCCCCUCCUUUGCUCACAGCUGCCUUCUCUGCAGCCUCUCGCUGCCCAGGUGCGGUUCUUAGCCCUCACGCGGCGGACCCUGCGGCCCACAGGCCAGGGAGCCCGAGGCCGGGCGUGCGGGGUGGCACGGACGUGGGGGCUCCUGCACAGACGUCAGGAGGGCGGCUGUGGGGCACGAGGGUGGGGCUCAGCCUCCCCACUCUGCACCCGCCGGGGCACAAUCACCUUCGUCCCACUUCCGGACUUAACACAAGGCAGGCCCCUCCCCGAAGCUGGCUGUACGGACAGGCUUUUAUAUACCAAAAGUAUUUUUUGACUUGACCACUCGAGACCACCAGAACGAUACUGGAAAUGUUUUUUCUCUCAUUAAAGUCCAGGCCCUCAGGCUUUAUUUUCCGUGGACGAGUCUGUAUGAUUUAGGUCUAAGUGUGUGUAGAGCCGACGCUGUAGCUGGGUCCCUCCGGGCACUGACUGUACACAGCGGCGGCGACGGGAGUGCGCGCCCGGCGGGGCGUCCCCGC